AUGACGACGCAACGAUUAUAUUUAUCACGAACCCUCCCUUCUUUCCUCCGACGCCCUGUUCAUAUACCGAUUAGGAAAGGGUCUAUAGGACUUUCCUGGAAAUGCCAUCGACAGUACAGCACAGGAGCUGAGUCCGUGCAACCAGCAGAAACCCCUACCUCUCCCGACCAGCCUUCCAUACCUUCACAUCUCAAUCCGUCUCCUGAAGACUAUUCCCGGUUCAUUUUCCAAGAUAAAUGUCGCUCAGUAAUUUACGCAGGCGCAGGCGGUAACGGAUGUGUUUCGUUCCUCCGAGAGAAAUACGUUGAAGAAGGCCCGCCGAAUGGCGGCGAUGGCGGCAGUGGUGGGAGCAUCUACAUCCAGGCCAUUGAGGGGAUUACGAGUCUACAUAAGCUUGCUCGCAGGGGCGUCAUAAAGGCUGGACGCGGGAAGAAUGGACAGGGUAAGAGCAAAGGCGGCAGACGUGGCGAGGAUAUUCUCCUUCAGGUGCCUGUUGGUACAGUGGUGCGUGAAGUGAGCAGAUAUGAUCCAGUUGCUGAGGAAUGGGCACUUCGGAAAAGGCAGAGAGCUCAGGAGAAAACCGAGGAGGUCGACGAAUUAGACGAAAUUGGGCUGCCAUCUAUUCGUCAUGAUCGAUGGGUACUUUAUCCAGGGGCGAAUCCUUCAGAUUUCUUGACCACGGUAUUUCCAAGGAACCCACCUAGGAGACAGCAAAUCGCCGCCUUGGAACCAAAAGCCCCGAUUCAUCUCGAUCUGUCGCAACACAUGGAUAAACCUAUCUUGCUCGCCGCCGGGGGUGUCGGGGGCUUGGGAAACCCGCAUUGGGUGUCCCGUUCGAUUAAUCGACCGAAAUUUGCCUCUAGAGGAGAAGGUGGCAUGCGCCUUGAAUUAGAAUUUGAGUUGAAGCUACUCGCCGAUGUUGGGCUCGUUGGGAAGCCUAACGCUGGCAAGAGUACGCUGCUACGAUCGUUGACCAACAGUCGCACACGGAUUGGGAACUGGGAAUUCACAACACUGUCGCCUAACAUCGGAACGGUCGUCAUCGAUGAUUUUAAAGGACGGCCACUUGUUGAGUCCAAGGGAAAGACCCCGCGAACUAACUUUACCAUUGCCGAUAUUCCUGGCUUGAUUGAAAAUGCACAUCUCGACCGUGGCUUGGGCCUAGGUUUUCUGCGACAUAUCGAGCGGGCGGGUAUCCUGGCUUUUGUGGUGGAUCUUAGUGCUGGAGACCCCAUCCAAGGACUUAAGAACUUAUGGCAUGAACUCGGCGAGUACGAACGGAUACGUGACAGAGAACCAGUGCUUAAAGAUGAAGAUGGCUCCCUAUCAUGGGUUCCUCCGUCACAUGGUUUACCUGAGCUGCAAUCAGAAAUUCCUGAAACGUUCUCUAACUCAGAGCUCCCCGACCUUACUCUCCCCCCAAUCCAUACAAAACCCUGGUUCGUUGUGGCUACCAAGGCUGACCUGCCAGAGACUCAAGAGCAGUUUAAGAAGCUACGCGACUAUCUUUCAGCUGUGGAGAAGGCUCAGGUUGAGCAUCCUGGAGGUCAUCCUGAUGGCUGGAGAGAGAAGAUAUAUGCUGUUCCGGUGAGCGCCAUGCGAGGCGAAGGUGUUCAGAGCAUUCCAAAACUGGUGAUGGAGUUCCUGCAAUGA